AGUGAUCAGUACAGUACAAGUUGACUGUUGAGCUUGUCUGAUUAUACGUCUGGCCGUCAUUUGUUCUAUAUAUUUUACAAAGAAUUUGCAACUUCACCACGAGAGUGAUAAUGUUGAGAGUGAUAUUGAUAUUUGGUGCCCUAUGUGGAUGCAUCUAUGCUCUGGAUAAUGGGUUAGCUAGAACCCCACCGAUGGGAUGGAUGGCCUGGGAGAGAUUCAGAUGUAACAUUGACUGCAAAAAUGAUCCAAAAAACUGCAUCAGUGAGCAGCUGUUCAUGGAUAUGGCAGACCGAAUGGUGGAAGACGGUUACCGUGACGCUGGAUAUGAAUACGUUAACAUAGAUGACUGUUGGAGUUCUAAGCAACGUGAUGCUCAGGGUAGACUUCAAGCUGAUCCGGAUAGAUUCCCCAAUGGGAUCAAAGCACUUGCUGACUAUGUUCACAAGAGAGGUCUGAAGCUAGGUACAUAUGGUGACUAUGGCAACCUGACCUGCGGUGGUUACCCUGGAAGCUUAGGUCAUCUUGAAAUUGAUGCACAGACCUUUGCUGAUUGGGGUAUUGACAUGUUCAAGAUGGAUGGAUGUUAUGCUGAUCCUAAAACCAUGGACAAAGGUUACCCCCAGAUGACAAAAUACCUCAAUCAGACCGGUAGACCAAUCCUCUUCUCAUGUAGCUGGCCAGAUUAUCAACGUGCAAGCGGCAUAGACGUUAAUUACAAACUUAUUGCAGAGAAUUGUAACAUGUGGCGUAACUAUGAUGACAUUCAGGAUUCUUGGGAUAGUGUACUAGGAAUCAUUGAUUACUAUGCUAAGGAACAAGAUACACUAGCCCCAGUACAAGGACCAGGAAGCUUCAAUGAUCCAGACAUGAUCAUUGUGGGAGACUUUGGACUAAGCUAUGAGCAGGCCAAGGCUCAGAUUGCUAUGUGGACCAUCUUUGCUGCUCCUAUGUUGAUGUCUAAUGAUCUACGAACUAUCAGACCAGAGUUCAGAGAGCUUCUUCUUAACAAAGAAGUUAUUGCUAUCAACCAAGACCCAUCAGGACACUUUGGCAAGCGUGUCUUACAGAUCAAUGGAGUUGAUAUCUGGAGAAAGAAUCUAACAAACUGGGAUGAGUACAGCGUUCUAUUCUUCAACCCAAGUCCAUAUAACAAGACCGUUUCUCUCCAACUGGAUCAAAUUGGUUUUACGUAUAUGCUUGGAUACAUGCUUCAUGAUGUCUUUAACCAUCGGGAUAUCGGUCAUCGAGAGAUAUUAUUUCCAUAUGACUACCAAGUACCUGCAAAAGGAGUUUUGCUAACCUACGCAUAUCCAAGUGAAUGAUAAAAUAAAUGCUACGUCUAGAAAGUAAUACGCAUUAGUAAACAUUAUGCGUAUGUUGCUUUGAUUAUGUAUUAUUCUUUCGAAUGUUAUGAGGUUUAAAACAAAUGCUUUAUUUGUAGAACAUUUAAUUCUACGUGCAUUCCCCUGGAGAUUGAUUUUUAAUCUUUCAAAUAAGAACAUGUGAACCCGCAUCCGAUAUUAAUUAGAUUCACCACGAUAAUUUUACUAAAAAUCUGGUUUUCCUUUUGUUAUCAUGAACUGUACAAAUAAAAGUUCUAAUAUCUUCCGUGUUUUGUUUUUUCUUCUGACAUGUCUGAAUUUCCUCCUAACUCACUUACCUCUACUACUCAUUUCAUUUCUUGUAAGUCAUGAUAUUAUGCUUAACGACUCAUUUCUAAUUAAUCAUAGUGCUUGCCGAAAUGCAGCCGCUUUGCAUGAUGACAGGUUUACUCCGAUUAUGUUUUUUUUAUCAACGAUAAAGUUGUGAACUUUAAUUUGAAUACAUUCUCGCGGUGGUCUCUGUUUUAAAUUAAUGUUAUCGAUCACUAUGCAAAAUGGACUAAUAGACCAAAAACAUACGAUGACAAAGUAUGCUUUUGUUUUGUUCAUCUUAAUCUCAGACUUGUAAAUACCUAAGUGAAUGUUUUUAACAAAAAUCACUGCUUCUGCAAAAAUGUAAUAUAAUAACAUAGCGCUAACCAUGUUAACUUGUUCACUUUCUGCCACUCGAAAAUACAAAAAGCAAAUAGAUAACUGUCAUCUGCUCUUGCAAAUUAUUCAGAUUCAGAUUAUUAUUGUUAUGACUUGCAGGAUCGCAAACACUAUCAAGAGAUCAAUCUAAGACCAUUUCAAGCCGUGUGUGUAACUUUUUGAAAUACAUUGUAUGUAAACAUGACAAUGACACAUUCCAUAUAAAAGGAAACAAAAUUUCUUCAGGUUAAAUGAAAGGGUAUGGAAAUUGAUCUAAAGUUGCUUUUUUUUUAAUUCUAUGAGUCUUUGAGAUCGCCUUGAAUGUCUUUUCCUCUGAAUGCAAGCAUUCAUUAAUUAAACCGUCCAUCAAGCUUUCAAUUAAACUUACAGUUUUGUAUAUACUUCUUUUCAACUAAAAUCUGCCUACUUAACAUUUCUAAAUGACAGAAUCCGAAACGAGGCGAAAUCUAAGUCAGUAAAUGGGUAAAACGAUCGUCUUAGGUGUGAGUACUUUGAAAGUAUAAGGGUUAUUUUAAAAUAUUUUUGUUUUGCCCUUCACAUGACAAUUACUAUUCAAUUAUAACAUUCAUGCGAUUUUUGCAUUAAUUGUGCACGCU